ACACAUAGCUAGUGAUCGAACUACUCCGACACCUAGUAGCAUAAUUAGAUAAAAUGGCAACAAAAAAGUUCUUUGGUGAAUCUCCUUACAAAGUUGCUAAGAAAACGCACCCCGAAUCCGACUGGCUAUUUACAGAGUUCAUCAACAAAGUUAACUUAGUGUCUGACAAACCAAAAAAUAAGGCCCCAGUUGUUAUAGCCAUCUUUGGUGUCGGCCGUGCUGGUUCUAUUCAUCUGUCUAACAUUGUUCGUAACCCGCGUGUCAUCUUGAAAUACAUUGUCGACGACUGCAAAGACAGAUUCGCUGACCUUAAAAAAUUCUGGAAUUUUAGUGAUGAUGUAGUCUUCCUAACCUCGAAGGAAGCUGACAGGGUGUACAAAGACAAAUCAGUUGCCGCAGUUAUCAUUGGAUCUCCAACAUACACACACCACGAUAUUGUUGUUAACUCCAUUUCCAACAACAAAGAUGUAUUUUGUGAGAAGCCCAUUGCAGAAAGUAUUGAUGAAACCAAGAAAUGCUACGAUGCCGCCAAAGCCAAGGGUCGCGUCUUGUAUGCGGCUUUCAACAGAAGGUUUGAUCCCGCCUAUAGGAAUUUGAAGAACAAGGUUAGAGAAGGAGAAGUCGGACAUGUUCAAGUAUUGAGGGUUACUGCAAGAGAUUCACCUCUUCCUUCCAUCGAAUACCUGAAGCACUCAGGUGGCGUGUUCCACGAUUGCCUCGUGCAUGACUUCGACAUGGCAUGCUGGGUGUUGGGAGAGUUACCGAACAAAGUGCAAGCAACAGCUUCUGCCCUUAUUCCAGAAAUUAAAGCUAUUGAUGACUUCGACAACAUUGCGUUCCUAUUAAGUUUCCCAUCUGGAGCUAUCGCUAUUGGUGACAACAGUCGGUACUCUGCGUAUGGAUACGACCAAAGACUUGAAGUGUUUGGAAACAAAGGUAUGAUUAAGGUAGACAAUGAGAAACCCGCCCACUCCACAGACUUCGUUAUUGGACAAGAGGGAUACAAGACAAACCCCAUCUACUACUCAUUCCCAUCCCGCUUCAAGGUUGCCUAUGAACGUGAACUUGAACACUUCUUAGAUGUUAUCCAAUUUGGAGUAGAACAGGAUGUUACUAGCUGGCAGACACUCGCCGUAAGCAAAAUCGCAACUGCAGCUGAAGAGAGUGCGCGCACCAACAAGGUGGUUGAGAUUGAUUGGAGCAAAGAUGACAUUCCAGCUGUAUACUCUUAAAUAUGACCCUGGCCUCGAACGAAGAUUUUGAAUUUGAAUUAGAUUAAUGCAAAUAAAUAUGCUUUUUUAAAUUUUA